AUGGAUCAGUUGCGUAAAGAGGCCCGAGAGGCUCUCCAGCGCGAUGCUUGGAAUCGACCGCCUUACUUGCAGGCGGCAGUUACGGCGACAGCAAGAAAUGGACUGCCCGAGCUGUGGCAGGACCUGUCAUCCCACAAUAGCACGGCCCAUCUGGAUGUCCACGAGAAUCUUUACGUGGCGUUUUGCUUCGUCGAUAGCUGGGACCCGUUGCUGCCGAAUGACGGAGGUGCCAGGCGGCUGAACAGGGAUGAGACCGAGGCCGUCAAGAACCUGUUCCAAUGGGCCAGCCAACUGGCACUGCCAUCAUCUGCAUUUGCAGCAGCCUUCGACGAGCAUGUUGAGAUCACAAAAGAUAUCAAGAAAGCGCAGGAAGAAAGCCGACUCAGAUCUGCACUGGCCAUUCAACUCGUUCUACAGCUAUCCGCGAAAGCUCCUGCGGGUCUAGCAGAUCGCUCGAUAGCCAGCUCGCCCGAUGUCGUCUUGGCCGCCGCCUGUUUCACCGAACAGAAUGACCCUUGGACGACGGAGGAUAGCUACGAGGAGGCUUCCAUGUACCUUGACGUGACUAUGCGAGAUGGCAAUUGGGAUCUCAUCGCACGUCUACUCAAGGAGAAGAUCAGGCCGUUGUUCACUAAGGCCAAGAACCCCGCUAUCACCAGCGAAGGUCGCAAGAAUUUCCAUCCUGUGCCUUUGACUCGGUUUGAUGGAAGUGUUCUUGACGAUGAGAUGAAGCCCUGGAAGGUUAGAGAUGUCUAUGCUACAAGAGUGCUUGAAUGGAUUAUCUCGCGGUAUAAACCUACCGAUAAAGCCCAUCUGGAAGCACACUUCCCUCUUCUCGUGCCUGCAAUCCUGGCUUUGAUCGAUGAUAACAAUCUCACAUUCAAGCGAACGGGCUGUGAACUCUUAAGCAAGAUCCUACAGCCCAUCCACCAGAGCGGCUCCGACAUUCUAGUUCGCACAAACCUGACCUCUGUGUUCGAGGACGCUAUCACACCCUGUCUUCUCUCCUUGCCAACGAUUACAGCAGAGGAUAGCUCGAUCCAGCUACUCGGCGCAGCAUACCCAGCCCUCCUCUCUCCCUUUUCAAGACAAGAGACCUAUGCGGCCAAGGUCUCGAAAAUUCUACGCUCGAAUCUCAUUUCCUCCUUUCACCACAUCGGUUCCUCGACACCCACUGCCAUCUCUACAUCUGCUUCUUUCCCGCAUCCUCGUCUGUCAACUUUCCUCCUAGAAUGGAUAACCACAUUUGUUAAGGAACUCGGCAUCAACACAACAAAAUAUCUCCAGGAAAUCGUCCCCGUACUUUACACGACACUCUCCAAUCCCUUCGGAACCGCUCACCCCCCUCUCCUCUUCGCAGCGGUAUCAGCCACCAAGUUCGUGAUUCUGAAUGCGCACCCCCGUAUCUGGAGAUGGCGGGGUGAGAUCCUGGGAGCUUUGUGUGCAUGCUGGCUCCUUAUCGUCGGCGAGAAAGAAGAUCGAGAGAAACAGAAGGGGGAUAAGGGAGGGCCGUCGGUGACUGAGCUCGUGAAGAUUACGAGAGAAUUGCAGGGCGCGGUGUAUGUCUUGAAGCAUACUUUGCAGAAUCCCGUUGCAGUUGUCAAUGGUCAACCUGAUGCGAAUCAACUGGCUGCGAAGGAAGCGAUGCAACAGGAAUUGCAGACGUUGGCUGAAGCGGAUAGUGAGCUGGAGGGUCUACUCUUUGCUGAUGUCAAAUCGUGA